AUGACGGAAGAACAGGUUGCUCAUGUGAGGGCAGAGAGAGAUGUACUAGUAGAAGCUGAUCAUCAGUGGGUUGUGAAGAUGUAUUAUAGUUUUCAAGAUGCUAUUAACUUGUACCUCAUUAUGGAAUUUCUUCCGGGAGGAGAUAUGAUGACUCUUCUAAUGAAAAAGGAUACAUUACCAGAAGAAGUGACCCAAUUCUAUGUAGCAGAAACAGCUUUAGCCAUUAACUCCAUCCACAAACUAGGCUUUAUUCACAGGGAUAUUAAGCCUGAUAACUUGUUAUUAGAUGCUAGAGGCCAUAUAAAACUCUCUGAUUUUGGACUGUGUACAGGAUUGAAAAAGUCACAUAGGACUGAAUUCUACAGGGAUCUAUCCCAAGCUAAGCCAAGUGAUUUCACAUCAAAUCCAAUGGAUUCUAAGAGAAGAGCAGAAAGCUGGAAAAAGAACAGGAGACAGCUGGCUUAUUCAACUGUUGGAACACCUGACUAUAUUGCUCCCGAAGUUUUUAUCAAAAGUGGCUAUAGUAAUGCCUGUGAUUGGUGGUCCUUGGGAGUCAUUAUGUAUGAGAUGCUGAUAGGCUACCCCCCUUUCUGUUCUGAAACACCCCAAGAAACGUACAGAAAAGUGAUGAACUGGAAAGAUACCUUGGUAUUUCCUCCAGAAGUACCUAUCUCCAAUGAAGCAAAAGACUUGAUUCAGAGAUUCUGUAGUGAAGUUGAUCGAAGAAUUGGCUCUACUGGUGGUAUUGUGGAAAUAAAACAGCACACUUUCUUCAGGGGCGUUGAUUGGGAACACAUUUGGGAAAGGCCUGCUGCCAUACCAGUAAAAGUCAAAAGUAUAGAUGAUACUUCAAAUUUUGAUGAAUUUCCAGAUGUAGAUUUGAAGAUUCCUGCAGCACCACCUACUACCACUGAUGAGCAGUUUGGUUACAAAGACUGGGUCUUCGUCAACUAUACUUUCAAGAGGUUUGAAGGCCUAACACAGCGAGGAAAAGGGACAAAGAAAAGCUAGUUUGAAAUUAGGGUAGUUGUGAUAAAUAACAUUUGAAACUGAUACUUGAUUCUUAGCAACACCUUGAAGCAAUCUAUAUGAAUACUAACCUGUGUUAUCCAAGACUUCACCAUUGCUGAAUUGAAACAGUGUGUUCUGUAAAGCUCACCUUUAUUUAAGUUUUAUAAAAUUGCUGUGCCAGAACUUGUUUUUUUUUUUAUAACUAGAAGUUAAGAACAUUAUUCAUGCCAAAGACAAGCAGGUACCAUUCCAUCAUCAAGAAAAAGCUGUGACAUAAAAGGAUCAUUUGUAUGUGUUAUAAAUUAAACAUCAAACUAUGCACUUAAUUAUAUUUCUCUACAGAGUUGUCUAGAAUAAGUGAGACAUGUCUUUUUUUUAUAAGGUGUAAGUGGGUUGUAGUGAUUUGUUUAGGAUAGCAUAAUUGGCUUCGUCCUCAUACGACAGUCUGAAGAUAACAAUUUUUGAAGCCGUGAUGUAGUAGUUUGAUAUAUAGUGUCCAAUUAACUACAUCAUAAAUUAACUAACUGAUAAUUUAGUUCCCAUAACUUCCUUAGUUUUUUUCUUCUACAACCAGCAAAAGCUUCUAACUUUUGCAAGAUAUAACAUUUCUUGAUACAUUUUCUAAAAUCAGCUACCUCUUAAGGAUAUUUCAUUAGUUUAAAGAUACAAUUUCAUGUGUCAAAGCAUUUCUUUAUAGAUGAAAUCUAUUUUCUUGUUAAUGUCAAUAAGUAAAACUUGUGAAUAUUGGAAUGAUAAACUAUGAUAUACAAGUUUUUUCCUAGUAACAUGUAUUUCAAUAAGAUUUUCAAUCAAAUAAGAAAUAAUCUUGAGGAAUUAUUACUAGUUUUAUAUCAGAUUUUUAAUCAAAACUCUUUAACAGUGGGAUCUCAAAUAAUUCUUCAACUAGUCUAUAUGUUUGGUGUUAUAUGGUGAUGAGAUUUAUUUUUUGGGAUCUGUAUAGUGCUUGACAGGUAUGUUUUGCCUUCAGUGUAUUAAGUUCAGCUAGGAUAUAAUAUCAAAACAACGUAAGAAUGUGACUUAUGGAUUGAAAAGAACUUUCUGAAUCAUUACUUUUGUGUAUAAAGAUGUUUUUUGUAUAAUUUAUGCUAAUCUACUGAAGCCUAAUGUCAUAGGGUUGUGCUGUGUCUGUUUAAACCCAAAUUUGGCUUUACCGUGUACAAAAAGGUUAUAAAACCUGCACAGAUUUUGUUUGCAAGUCUUAUUUAUUGUUCAAAAAGCAACACUGUAUUCUGUUAAAAACCAUGAUCAGAUUUUAAGAUCAAGUAAAUGUGGUUUCACAUGAUUGUUGAACCAAUGCCUGUUCAGUAAAUAGUUUAAACUAGAGUAAUGUUUGUUACAAAAAUGCAGCCAAAUUAAUCACAUAAAUCUCCAUUAUGAACUGGAAAAAUAAA